CUUUUGGCCACCGAGCACUGGAACCACACCCUCACUUCUCAGCCCCAGAAGCCAGAGUGGAGACGGGUGCUCUACGCUGGGUUGGAAUUGGAAGCUGGUUUGGAGCUGGAUGCAGUAACCCAUGAGUCUUGAUCACCUUGUGAAAAGAGGGAAUUUAUAGGGCUCAGUUGGAUGAGCACUUGCCUUGGGCUCAGGUCAUGGUCCCGGGACCCCGGGAUUAAGCCCCGAAUUGGGCUCCCUGCUCAGCGACACUUUGCCUCUAUUUGGGGGAGUUCCCUGCAUGAACACACUUCGGUUGGAGAGAUUGCCUCACACCGCAGACAUCAGACACUCUUUCCCAGCCUCUCUUCAUGCAGAGUCCACCAAACUGAUGCACCGGCACUAGACUUCUGAUUGUAAGAUCCAUCCAGAAGGUGUUCUGAGGAUAACAGCACCAGCUCCACUGGGCAUCCAGAGCCACCAGCAGCUACGCAGGUGGCACAGCAGACAGGAGUCAGACGUUCCCUGGGACCCUUGGAAACCCGGUUCAAAGGUGCCUCAUCUCAUCUGCCUACAAUUGCAAAGUUAGAGAGAAGGUCCUAGAAGUUAUGGGGACCCCUCAUCGAGGCUCAGAGCAGACUAACCUUGGAGAUGAUGAACCUGGACUCUUCUGCUCUGCACACAGUGAGACAAGCCUGAGUCAGUUCGCAUAGAUUGCUUUGCUCUUUUUCCUGUCUAUAGUCCACUUUUGUGGCCCAUCAUCAAACAUUUUCGGGACAAUAUGACUAGAGAAGAAAUGCACUACAUACUCUUUGAUGCAAAGGCUUGGGAGAUGCUGGUGCAGAGAAGUGGUCUGGACAGGGAUGAGGCCAACAUACUGUACCAUAUGCUGAUGGAAGAGCUGAUGCAAAAUAAGGAAGCAUCCAUGCUGGAAAACCUAUCGGAGGAGGAAAAAAUAUUUCUCUUCUGGUUUCCCUUGCAGAAGAAUAAUCUGAAAAAGAAUAUCAGAGAACUCCACGCUCUCGCAGACCAAGUUGAUGCAAAGCAUAAGAUGCUCACCAAGACCAGCCUGGUGGCCAGCUCCUCAGGCACUGUCUCUGGAGUCAUGAGCAUCUUGGGUUUUGCCCUGGCACCCGUGACAGUAGGGGGGAGUCUGAUGCUCUCAGCAGCUGGGCUGGGCCUGGGGGUAGCAGCCGUUGCCACCAACACGUUGACGAGUAUCUUAGAAAGGAACAGCAAUUCGGCAGCCAGAGACAGAGCCAGCAGACUGGUGCCUGUUCCAGCCAUGACGGUACAUGAUAGCUCUGAAGAAAGGGGGUGCUCUGAAAUCAGUGCUGCUUUGUUGUGUAUUGAUAAGUGUGUCAGAGCCUUCAAGAACCUCAAGGAACUUCGGGCCUACCAGAUGGCCAAAGCCAACUCUGGCUUCAUGGCCAAGGUCAAUAAAUUCAUGGCCAUGGGCCAUAUCCCCUUCUGGAGGACGGGAGGACUGCAGAGAGCUGUUGGAGCCUCGGUUAUGCCCAUGACCAAAGUUGCCCGACUGCUGGGUGCUGCUGGGGCUGGCCUCUCCCUUAUGCAGGACUUGAGAAGCCUCCAGCAGAGCUGGACGCACCUGGAGGAGGGAGCAAAGGCCGAGACUGCUGAGGAGCUGAGGGCCGUUGCCGGGGCGCUGGAGCAGGAACUGGACCAGCUCACCCAGCGCUACGAGCUGAUCAUCUGGCGGCAGGGCCAGCUGAAGAGCCCGCUCCUGAGUCAGGAGCACGCUAGGCCCGGCCGCGCACGGGACACACAAGGAUGGGGCACGGGAAGCAAAAAUGCCACCAAUGCCAGCUCCUGCAUGUCUAGACGCCCAGGGGCCAACCUUCGGGAAGGUCCCAAUGGUUGGUGCCACGGAAAAGUUGACCAACUACCAGAGUGGCUAAGAUGGGAGUAAUCCAGGAAGGAUUCUCGAAACUGUGCAGAAGGGACCGGGAGUGAACAAAAGUUAUCCCUGUGAGUGAGGACACACUCCGAGGUCUCCCUGAAUUCGUCAUGCUUACAUUCUUGAACAUGUAUCCCAUGAAGAGAUAUGCUUGCUCAGAAAGGAAGCCACCUGCAUUUCCCUAUAUCCAGUUAGCAUAGUUCACUCAACAUACAUGCUGACCACUUGUCCUUACACAUGCCCAACCUCCAACCCUCUGGGUAGCAGUUCUGAGGCUUGUUUAGUUGUCUCGUGAAUAAACUCUUUCCUUGAUGCAUAA